CAUAAACCUCUAAAAUUUUGUUAUCUGCAAAACCCUCGAAAGAAAGAGUGAGAAUGAGGCGGAAUCACGCUGCCAUGAUUUUGGGAAGAAUUGUCUCCAAUUCUUCUUUCAAUUCCUCCACUUCUCUACAUUAUCAAUCAUUUCUUGUAAAACCCAGAUUCAAUUUUGGUAAUGUCAGCUGCCAAAUUAGAUACUUCUACGCCAAACCCAGAUUCGAUUUCGGAUCUAUGCGUGAUGCGGAUGAAGCCAUCGCUCUAUUUCGGGAGAUGAUGAGAACGAAGCCGCUUCCUUCUGUUAUUGAUUUCAGGAAAUUGCUGAGUGCUGUGGUCAAGAUGAAACAAUACUCUCUCGCCCUUCAUCUGUUCGACGAAAUGCUUCAAAGAAAUGCUCCUGUAGAUCACUAUACGUUGAGUAUUGCGAUUGAUUGCUACUGCCGACAGAAAAGACCUGAUUUUGGGUUUGCGAUCUUAGGCAUUUUUUUCAAGCGUGGGUACGAUCCUGAUGUUGUAACCUUUACCACUCUCAUUAAAGGGUUAUUGUUGGUUGGAAGGAUCCCAGAGGCAACUAAAGUGUUGUGGAAGCUGUUGGUCUACCGAUUAUGCGAGCCCAAUGAACAGACAUAUAGUACUAUGAUUAAUGGGAUAUGCAAAGCUGGAGGUACUCUCCAUGCGUUGGAAUUGCUCUGCUUAUUGGAAAAAGAAAAGGGAAUCUGCAAACCCGAUGUGUUUGCUUACAAUGCAGUCAUUGAUGGUCUAUGCAAGGAUGGAAAGUUGGACGAUGCUCUCCAACUCUUCUCCACCUUGGGUGAUAAGGGGAUUUCACCGACUGUCGUGACAUAUAAUUCAAUAAUUGAGGGGUCCAACAAAAAAAGAAGAAGGGAUGAGGCUGAAGACAUUUUGAAGAAGAUGAUAGCUAAUGAGGUGUGCCCAAUUGUGGUGACAUGUAAUAUCUUUGCGGAUGCUUGGUGCAGAGAUGGAAUGGUUGAAGAGGCCGAACAUAUGUUGGUGGUUAUGAAGGAGAUUGAUGUUCAACCCGAUAUUGCCACAUACAAUGCAUUGAUAAACGGAUAUUGUUUGCAAGGAAAAAUGGACGAAGCCAAACGCAUUUUGCAAUUGGCAGUGAAUUUUGGAAUCAAGCCCAAUAUCAUAAGCUACACUAGCUUGAUGAAUGGGUAUUACAAAAUGGGGCAAGUUGAUGAAGUUUCACAUCUUUUUACGAUAAUUCCCUACAAAAGGUUAGAGCACGAUGUGGUUUCUUAUAACAUAAUGCUACAGGCCUUAUUUCGUGUAGGUAAAUGUGAAGAUGGCUUGAAGCUGUUCAAUGAGAUGGAAGCUCUACAAGUGUCUCCUGAUAUAAAGACUUACAGUGUUUUGCUAGAUGGUUUGUGCGGAGCUCAUCGUAUUGCUGAUGCAUUUUUGGUGUUGCAUACCAUGGAAGAUAAAGGCAUCGUUCCAAACAUAGUAACAUACAAUAUUCUCAUUCAUGGAUUAUGCAUUGAUAAUAAAGUUAGACAAGCGAAGGAUCUUUUCGACGAGCUUCCAUCCAAAGGUUUGCAGCCUAACGUCAUAACAUAUAAUAUUCUCAUUAGUGCACUAUGCAAAGAAGGGCAGAUAGAGGAGGCCAAGGAUUUGAUGACACAAAUGGCAAACAACGGUUGCUUGCCUAACAGUGUGACAUACAAUGUUUUUGUUCAAGGUCUUCUCAAAUGGAACAAGACAUGUGAUGCAAUUCCACUGUUGGAAAAGAUGGAUGCAAGUGGUUUCACACUUGACGAAACUACUUUUUCCAUGUUGAUUGAAUAUGUGGUAAGGGAAGGUAGAGAUAGUGUUUUAUUUGAUAAGGUUAAGAAACUUGUACCAAAGGACCUCUUUUCUAGAUAGGUGUUAUGUUGUGUUAGAAGUUGAAGAAUUGUUUUACCAAAGACUUAAGGGAAAGUACCAAGUGCUUAUUUGUUUGUUUAAUCUCUAUGUUUUGAUGAAUUUAAAUGUAAUUAAUUUUUCCCACUCAUUUUCAAAAUCAUAGCUCUGUCUCUGUUGGUUUGCGUAUCUCCAUCCUACUGAUUUCGCCUCUUUUGGUGGUAUCUUUGGAUUCUCUGGUAGGAUAUGCAUCUUUUUUGUUGAAUUCUUUAUCUAAAUUCCAUCGCUAUGCACAAUAUAUGAACUUCUCCCACCCUCUGAUCAAAGCCAAGUUUAGUCCCAAGGCAUGCGCGUGGGCUUAUGGUAUGAACUUCUUCGACUUGGAUGCUUGGAGGAGGGAGAAGUGCACUGAGGAGUACCAUUACUGGCAGAAUCUGAAUGAAAAUCGAACAUUGUGGAAACGAAGCCAUGGCAUGACAUCGCCAUCACCCAAUUCCGGCCUCUCUGGACCAAGUACGUCGACUAUGAAAACGAGUACGUUCAAGCCUGCAAUUUCGAUUUAUGAAUGAAGGACUAGCUAAGCUAGUUCAACGUUAUCGCUACUUACACGUAGAUUUUGCCCGUCGUAUUUAACCUAGAGACCUUCUCGCUGUUUAAUUUUAAGCAUCUAUUCCUCAGAAAAUUAGUACAGAUAUCAUCUCUCCUGUUGUUAAUAUUUGUUCACUGUUAAGUGCAGUGGCUGAAAGCUGAUUAUAUCUCAAUUAUGAAAUCCUUGCAAAAUCAUUAUUUCUUCCAACCUUGUGCUUGAAAAUAUCACAACUUUUUUUUAAUAAUGUUGCGUUUUGUUUCUCUCAUUUUAUGAAAAAUUGGUACAAGUAACGCUCUGUUAUUCUUUUAAUCAAAUUUUCAAAUACUCAACUCUGCAUUGCAUUUCUCUCCAUCAUACAUGGAUUAUUUACGAUAGAUAGAUAUGUUGAGGGCUGUAACCUUUUCGAGGAUAUGGAAGCUCAACACAUACAUCCCAACUUGUAUACUUACAAUACAUUAUUGGAUGGGCUGUUAAAGCGCGGGAUGGUUGAUGAUGCUCUGCAGUUGCUGUCCGAGAUGGUGGAGAAGGGUGUCUCGCCUAAUGUUGUCACGUGCAGCAUAUUGAUAGAUGAAUAUUACUCGCAGGGCGAGAUGGUUAGAGCCAAAGAGCUCUUCGAUUCAAUGGCAAAGACGGGAAUCAAGCGCGAUACAGUCACCUAUAAUAUCUUGAUUAAGGGAUACUGCAAGGCUGGAAACCUUGAUGAAGCAUGGCGUUUCUUUGAUGAAAUCUCGCAUGUAGGUCUCAAGCACUCCACCGCGUCGUACAACACGAUGAUGCACGGGCUAAUACGCCAUAGUAGAUAGUGUUUUAUUUAAUAAGGUUAUGAAACUUGUACCAAAUGACCUCUUUUCUAGAUAGGUGUUAUAUAUGUUGUGUUGAAACUAAGGGGAAAGUAUGUUUGUUUAAUCUCUAUGAUUUGAUGAUUUUAAAUGCUUCAGUUGUUUCUCAGCUCCA